AUGACAGUAGUCGUGACACCUGAUGAAGAGGAAAAGACGAAUACAGGUGCUCAAGUACACAACAAGAUCACCAUAUCAAAAUCCAUGUCUCCAUCGUUCUUGUAUGGCAGAGGAAUCAAAAGGGAAGCAGCCAAGAUCGAUGACAUCCUCAUGGGUCUCUGGCUUCAAGUGUCGAUCAGUAAUGGUCAAAUGCAAUCUUUGUGUUAUUCUAUUUCAGGAAUCUGGUUUGAGUGUGCUACAGCAAUUGCAGAGGUCUACAAAUCAAGUGAGUAUAAGCGAGUUCUUGUGAUUUGUGGUCCUGGCAACAAUGGUGGUGAUGGUCUAGUAGUUGCUCGUCAUCUACAUCACUUUGGAUAUAAACCAUUUGUUUGUUAUCCAAAGCGUACUCCUAAACCUCUUUAUGAUGGUCUGGUGACUCAGCUGGAAUCAUUGUCAGUGACUUUCCUGUCAGUGGAAGAUCUGCCCAAUGACUUAUCAAAUGACUUCGAUAUUCUAGUAGAUGCAAUGUUUGGGUUCUCAUUUCAUGGUAAUUUCUUUUUAUUAGUUUCUGAGAAUUCUUUUCCAGCAUCUGCGUUUUCCUUUUUCAUUCAUUCAAAGUUUGUUUUUUUCCCCUGCAAGGGCAGGGAAAGUUUAGAAGAUUCCUUUACAUGUUAAUCAUUAUAGUUUGCU